AUGAAUAGACUUUCAAAAAAAGAAAUAUUGCUCAAAGAAUUAGAUAGCAUCAAAAAUGCCGUUAAACAAGCAUCUUUUGAUAUUAAUAAAUCAGUGCUCAGUGUGCUUAGAGAUAGAUUAAAGCCUCUUUCUGGUAGUAAAGAAAAGGGAACAAUAAUUAAAAGAACAAGAAGUUAUAACAUGACUGAACUAUGUGCAGUGGCUCAAAACGAAGCAACACAACAAGCGAACUUAUUCAACUUUAAGUACGAUUUUGUUCGGAAAAUCUACGGUAUUGUCGCAAAAGAACGGUUGAAAGAAGACUUGAAAGUUUGUAGGUUGUAUGAGUCAGGAAAAUAUGAAGACGGAAGAGUGUUCCAAAGGAUUGAAGUGGGAAAAAAAGCUAGGAAUGGUUUUUGUGAUUGGAAAAAUGCAGCUUCACGAAUACAGUCACAUGAAAACAGCAUUGCACAUAGAAAUGCAACAAUCACAUUCAGCCAAAGAGUACAAGUCAGAGGAUGUGUAGAUUCAGCAAUAGUUGAGCAAUACAGACAGGAAUGUGCAUAUGCAAAAUCUGUGCUAGAAAGAGUUGUCUCAGUUAUCAAAUUCCUUGCUGAAAGAGGGCUCGCAUUUAGAGGACAUACUGAAAUAUUGGGGUCAAGUUCUAAUGGCAAUUUUUUGGGAAUUUUGGGGUUGAUUGCUCAGUUUGAUCCAUUCCUCUCCAGUCAUAUUGACAACCAUGGUGGUAUGGGGAAAGGCUCUGUUUCAUACCUGUCAUCAACAAUUUGUGAUGAGUUAAUUGAUGUCAUGGGAAAGCAAGUUAUGAAAACAAUAUUGUCUGAAAUACGUGGAGCAAAAUUUUAUUCGAUUUCUGUUGACUCUACUCCAGACAUAUCUCAUGUUGAUAGGCUGUCAUGUGUCUUUCGAUAUGUUUUGAACGAUGGCCCUAUAGAAAGGUUUGUGCAAUUUUUAAGCAUGAAAGGACAUGGGGCAGAAGAUUUGUUUAACAGUUUAUACAGCUUUCUGGAAGAAGCAAAGUUGGAUAUAAAAUAUUGCCGAGGUCAGUCCUACGAUAAUGCUAGCAACAUGGCAGGAAAAUAUUCAGGGCUACAGACACGCAUUCGAGAGAAAAACCCAUUGGCUGAAUAUGUGCCAUGUUUUGCACACUCCCUUAAUUUAGUCGGUGCAUCAGCUGUAAACUGCGUGACAACAGUGAGUGGAUUUUUUGAUUUUGUACAAAACUUGUAUGUCUUUUUAAAUGCAUCAACCCAACGGUGGGAGCUUCUAACCAAAGGAUUGGAUAGUAACCAGUUAGUUCUAAAACGCCUUUCUGAUACUCGAUGGUCAGCACAUUCUGCAGCAACUAAAGCAUUGAGCAAAGGCUUUAAAAAUGUUAAGACAGUGUUAGAGAACAUUGCUGAGGACCCGCGAGGAGAAGGUUGA